AUGAAGAAGGAGACCAAAAAAGACAAGAAAAAGCGACUCCAGACCGUCGCCGACACGCUGCAGGCCGAGGUGGCCCGCUAUCGGCUCCCAUGCAACAAGGCAGACCUCCAACAGUUGGUUCCGGAGCACAGCGACAAUCACCUCCGCGAUGAGGAGGUGUGGGACUCCCUGGAGGCCGAACUCGAUCUGGAAACCGAGCUGGACCUCAUCAUGCAGCGCGAGCUUGCGGCACCGGAGAGCGAAGCCAAGCCACUUCCCCUGGAUCCGGCGGCGUUGGAGGAGCUCAGCGUGACCUACAUGUUUGAGACAAAAGAGGGCGCCGAGGACAUGAGCCCGUUCGCGUUGGCCGUCAACAUGGUCAUGGCCAUCGUGGGCCAUAUGGGUCCGGCCAAGGAGUUCUUCAUGCGAGCGCGUGCGAUCGGCUCCACCUUCUUCGACGUGACCGACUACAGCGUCGCCGAGGGUCUGCUCGCUCUGGCCUACUUUUGCACCGGUGCUGAGAACGUGUCUACCAUGAUCUACUAUCUCACCCUCGCCCAUCGCAUGCUCGUUGCCCUCAAUCAAACCCGAGGUGAGCGCAGAGAUAUCAAGCGCCGUGCGAAGCUCCUAGAGGACUACUUCAACACGUCUUCGCUCGCCUACACCCUAAGCUUCAAGUCUAUGCCAUGA